AACAAGCCUGUUGUCUUUUUCCAGAUGGCCAUGUGUUCACACAACUGUGACGUAGCAAGUCUAGAAAACAGUGAUUGGUCGAUGCAGCAACAAGGCCGUCCCUCCUCGAUCUUUCAUUGGAUGCUUUUUUAAAUCCCCUCCCCCUUAUUGGCCUGCAGCGCGACUCAGCUAUUGGCUGAAUUCACGCACCGAAAUUUUGAAAAUCUGUGUUCUGUUCACGUCCACACAGUUUGGAGUUGCUGCACGGAGAAAGGAAGUUGGACAAAGAUUACGACUGAAUCUGUUCAAAAACAAAGCAGAAAGUCGCUGCCAUGUUAACCGGGGAGGACGGUGCCCAGCUGCAGUGCUGUCUGACGGUGGAGCAGCUGAACUCCUCCGGAGAGACCACCCGGAGGCAGGUCAUCCGCAAAGCCUCUAUUCUUCUGGGCAGGAAUGAGUUCCAGGAGAUAAUCAUUCGGGUCCACGACGGAAAAUUAUGUCAAAAUUACCCUCUGAAAGACUUCAAACUUUUUACAAAAUUCGCCAGAGAUGGGAAGUGCACGGUUAAAAUGGUCCCCGAGAACACACAGCUGCUCUUCUCCAACUGCCCCCCUGACCGGCUAAACCUCUUCCUCAAAACGCUGAGCAUCAAACACCAGGCCCGGCUGAGCAGCAAGCCUCUGACCGACCGAGAGAAGCUCAAAGCCGGCCUGCCCCGCAGCUUCGAGGCCAUCAGCCCCCUGCAGCAGAAGGAUAUCCAGAAGGUGAACGAUCUGAGGAGCAAAGAGCCUCCCAAAGGACUGGCAGACCGCACCAAUAGCACCGCUGUGGCAGGGUCAGGGAAGCAGGUCAAAAGGUCGAGGAGUGACACUAACUUCAGCCCAGUAAAGGCCAACCCGAGCAAGAAGCCCAUCCUGGCUCUCCCAUCACGUAAACUGAAUAAAGACCAGUCCGCUGUCCUCACUGCUGUGCUGAGUGGGAAGAACGUCUUCUUCACUGGAAGUGCAGGCACAGGAAAAUCCUUCUUACUAAAGAGAAUCAUGGGAUCUCUUCCUCCAAAGAGCACAUUUGCCACAGCCAGCACAGGAGUGGCGGCGUGUCACAUCGGAGGAACAACGUUGCACAGCUUCGCUGGGAUUGGCUCCGGCUUGGCCCCUCUGGAGCAGUGCAUCGAGCUGGCCCAGAGGCCGGGGGUGCUGCAGCACUGGACCUCCUGUCGGCACCUCAUCAUCGACGAGGUCUCCAUGGUGGAGGCCCAGUUCUUUGAUAAGCUCGAGUCUGUGGCAAGGUCGGUGAGGAGGUCGACCGCGCCGUUUGGAGGCAUCCAGCUGAUCAUCUGUGGCGACUUCCUGCAGCUGCCUCCUAUUUCCAAGGGAAAGGAAAAGGCCAGCUUCUGCUUCCAGGCCAGGAGUUGGCGUAAGGUGAUCCAGGUCAACAUGGAGCUGAUGGAGGUGCGGAGGCAAACUGACCAGUCAUUCAUCUCCCUCCUCCAGAAAGUGAGAGUGGGCAGGGUGACGGAGGAAGUCACUGCUAAGCUGAUGGAAAGCGCCUACCAUCGCAUCGAGAAGGACGGCAUUCUGGCGACCAGGCUGUGCACGCACAAGGAUGACGUGGAGCUCACAAACGACAACAAACUCCAGCAGCUGCCAGGUUCAGCUCGUGUGUUUGAGGCGCUGGACAGCGACCCCGCCCUGGUGAAGACGAUCGAUGCUUACAGCCCCGUCAGCAGACUGAUCCAGCUCAAAGUGGGAGCGCAAGUCAUGCUGACAAAGAACCUGGAUGUCGCUCGAGGUCUGGUGAACGGAGCGCGGGGCGUUGUGGUGGCCUUUGAGAAUGGAAAACAUGGACUCCCACGUGUGCAUUUCCUGUGUGGCGUCACUGAGGUGCUGAAGCUUGAGCGCUGGAUGUUUAAGUCGGGUGGAGGGCUCCACCUGAGCCGACAGCAGCUGCCACUCAAACUGGCCUGGGCCAUCUCCAUCCACAAGAGCCAGGGAAUGACACUCGACUGUGUGGAGAUUUCUCUGGCACGCGUCUUUGAGAGUGGCCAGGCUUACGUUGCCUUGUCCCGGGCUCGGAGCCUGGAGGGUCUGCGGGUGAUGGACUUCGACCCCCGUGUGGUCAGGGCGGAUCCAGAUGUUCUCGUCUUCUACAAGAGACUGAGGAAGGAGAGGAUCCUCAUGCAGGCCUCUAUGGACGAUUUUAUUGGCAACAGCAACCAAGAAAACCCUUGGUGAGAAGCUGAAUCCAUCUCCUGUGACAUUAUGCACCGUGUGCAUCAUUUAUGCUGUGAUUAUCCACAUCAACUCAUCUUGGACCAUUGGUUUUCUCAAAUGGCGGCAACCACUGGCCUCUACAAUCACGGUCUACUUCGAUUUCGGUUUAAACCGGCAGCACUUGAAGGCACACUGCCAUCUCCUGGUCAUUUGUUUUGAUAUGCUCAUUUCUAUGCCUUGAUUGUUAAUUUAUUAUGAUUGUUGGUAUAUACUCAAAUAAAGUUUUAGCACAUUUGUA